UGUUCUGCGCAUGCGCCGCAGGGGCGUUGCGGCAGCCCUCCCGGUGGGGAGGGGAAGUAGGCGGGCCUGUGGGCGAGCGCCGAGUGGUGCGGUAGGGUCGGUGGAAGCGGAGAGCGGAGCGUUGUCAGGGCUCCUAAAAGAUGUCUGGCUUGUUUUACUUCAAACUGUCUGGCUAUUUGCUGUUUAGCUGCUGAAGUUUUCCUACUGCUUGUUCUCCUGAAUCCUUAAUAUAUCAAGUUGUCAGAAGUGGCUGCUAUGGAAUCAAGACCAGCUAAACUAAGAAGAUGUAUUCAAGAUGAUCCAGCCAGAAGACUUCUUACUUUAUAGAAAUUCUGAUUUCAUUUAAUAUGUAAUAUCACUUGACUAACCUAGGUUCAGUUAUUCUUCUUGAAAGUAAGACACCUGUGGCCUUCAUCAGAAAUGUUUCUAACAUUUUCAAGAAAAAACAUGUCCCAGAAACUAAGCAUGUUUUUACUGGUUUUUGGAAUCAUUUGGGGUUUGAUGUUGCUACGCUACACCUUCCAGUAUCCAAGACGUCAAAGCAGUGCUGAGCUGCGUGGUCAGAUAUUAGACCUAAGUAAAAGAUAUGUCAAAGCACUGGCAGAAGAAAAUAAGAACUUAAUGAAUGGUGGCAGCGGAGCCUCUGUAGCAGGAUAUGCUGAUCUUAAGAGGACAAUUGCUGUUCUUCUGGAUGACAUCUUACAGCGUCUUGUGAAAUUGGAAAACAAAGUGGAUUACAUCAUUGUGAAUGGUUCAGCAACAAAUACCACUAAUGGAACUAGCAACCAAGUAUCAGUAAAUUCAAUUAAACGUGCAAAAGCAGCUGGCAACAUUAGAUAGCAAAGCAGGCUGUGUUGUGUUGCUACAUGUAUGAUAGGUCAUAAUUAAGACAAGCUUUAUCUCUGGCUGGGGCAAAGCAGUAGCUGACUCUAAAUGAAGCAUACGCUGUUCUGUUGAAGAAUGCCUGGAUAUGUGUGUAUAUAUAUAGGCCUAACUUAUGUGCAUAAGGUUGUUAAAGCACUAUUUCAUUGCCUUUGAGCAGUGCUUCUAAAGCGAUCCUUGUUGUCUUUAAAAAUAUUUUGAUAUCAUGAUUUGAUGUAGUAUGCCCUUGGGUAAUAACAAUAAAUGGACAGCAAUGAGGUACUUAGAGGUAGGUUUAUAAAUGUAUUUAAGUAUAAAUAUAGCAUAUCUUUUGGGUAGGUGAGCAGCGUUGUAGCUUAUUCAUUUCUGUGAUCUGCAUUAAACAGGUAACUGAGGAGAACAUCGUUAAACAGAUGUUAGAAAGCGUGUACACUUAACAGUAUUUUGUUACUCAUUUGCUAAAAUAUUAAAUUGAGGAUAGCGCUUUAGGGGGGAUAGCGUUUUAGAAUUGUGACCCAAAGAAUGUCUUUAUUUGCACUAUCAGAGUAGCUAGAGAGAACUUACUGUAUAUUUAAGAAAAUUAGUUACAAUAGGAAAACAUCCCAGGUAGUUACACUGUCCAGGUGUGUCCGUGUGUCACAAUUAAGGCAGUUAGAUUACGAGAAGCAAACAUAACCUGUGAUAUCUUACAGUUGUUUCUUACUAAGAUAUUUAAGUGUAUGUAUUUUUUAACUGCAGAUGAAACUAUUUAAGUGAUGGAAAUAAGUUUUAGAUAUGUGAAUACUGUUUAUUUUUAUUCACUGCUGUUUCUUUUUAACUCAUGAGUAACUUGUGAUUUGUGAUGAGAAUAGCACACCAGCUCCCUGAAAUGCUUCCUUAUCAGGAGGGAGAGCAGCGAAGGGAGACGAGGCAUCUCUGCCUUUAACAGAGAUAUGUACUAAAGGUGUCUUACCAUGGAAUAUUUCAGAGCUAAGGUAAUGUUUGCCUUAUGUCUAAGUUAGCCUUAUAGCAAAGCGAAUUGCAGUGUGGAUGCACUGUAUUCCAAAUGUUACUGAAGUCAUAUUCAAGUGCCACUGAGCCUGCUUUUUUAAAAUGUAGUGAAUGGUGAAUGUUUUGCAGGGAGGGGAAGGGUAUGUUCAGGGACUUUUGCCAAAAAUGUGCUAGUUAUUUAUCUUUUAAUGUGAUGGGUCUUUUUCUUUCUUUUUCUUUUUUUUUUUUU